AUGUUGUCGUUUGAGCCUAUCAGUCGUCUAACUGUCGUUAAAUGUUUGGGACCACGUUUAGUUUUAUUUUUCAAAACAUUUGCUUUAUUCUAUGUUCUUUAUCCAAAAGAUGAGUCAACUAUUGGUUAUUGCUUUUUCAAAUGUGCUCCCAUUUUGUCUCUUAUCGGUUUUGUCUAUUUAUAUGGUGUUAAAAUGUCAAACAAUCAGUCUUAUUCAUUGAAAAUACUUUUUGGUCUCUUAUUUUCUUGUUUGGGUGAUGCAUGUUUAGUGUGGCCGAAAUAUCUUAUCCCCGGUAUGGGCUUAUUUGCUAUAACGCAUAUAUUAUAUGUGUAUGCAUUCGGUUUUCAACCUUUAAAGCUAUCCAUAUUGUUCACAUUACUUCCUGUAUUGAUUUGGGUUUGUAUACAUGUGAGUGAAGGUUUUAACGGUAUAACUGCUUUGGUUGGUCCAUCAUAUGGAUUACUCUUAGUGUUAAUGAUCUGGCGUGCAAUAGCUCAACUUACAAAACAUAAGCAUUCAAUACCUUGGACAUCAAUUGCUUGUGCACUAGGUGGAUUAUUAUUUGGUCUAUCGGAUGGUUUACUAGCGAAUAGUAUAUUCUUGGAAGAUAAAUCAUUUAUUUCCAAUUUUGUCUUACCAACAUAUUAUGCUGGUCAGUUAUUAAUCGCUGUCUCUGUUGUUGACAGCCAGUUGACAUCAAUCAAAAUGAAUUCAAAUUAUACCAAAAAGAAUAUAGGAUAG